GGUAAUCAGUAACAACGGUUCUCAGCAGCAAUUCCACUCCGAAUGAACAUUCUAGACGCGCAGUAAAUGAGCCGUCUCGAAUCCAUAGCAAGACAGUUGAUAUCUAUAAGACCUACCACGAGUACGACCCGCGAUAUGAGCACAUCACAGGCCGCGCCAGGUCGACCCAGGCCGAGUACGGUAGCCGAGCAUCUCGCCGGCACUGCAGAAUCAUGGCAUGGCAAGAUCACGCCAGACGGGCCUUUCCCACCUCAGUCAGAGAGGUACCAUAUGUACAUUGGUCUCUUUUGCCCCUUUGCGCAUAGGGCCAAUCUGGUCCGGCACUUGAAAGGGCUGACAGAUAUCAUCGACAUCUCGGUGGUCAAGCCGUAUCCAAAGGGCGACGAGCACGGCUGGCCGGGCUGGCGUUUUCCCUCGAGCGACGACGAUUAUCCUGCAGCCACAGUCGACAAGCUCUUCGGCACCAAGUUCCUACAUGAGGUCUACUUCAAAGCCGACCCGCAGUAUAAAGGACGGUACAGCGUACCAGUGCUGUGGGACCGCGAGAGUGGGACGAUCGUGAACAAUGAGAGUGCAGAAUUGCUUCGGGACCUGCAGACGAGUUUCAACACGAUCUUACCACCCGAGUAUGCGAAGGUCACGCUGUACCCAGAACAUUUGCGCGCGAAGAUCGACGAGGUGAGUGGCUGGAUGCAGGAGCAUCUCAACACGGGCGUAUACAAAGCUGGAUUCGCACCGUCGCAGGAAGUGUACGAUAAGAAUGUCGUGCCGGUGUUCGCGGCGCUGAACAAGCUGGAGAAAAUGGUCAAGGAGAACGGCGGGCCAUAUCUCCUGGGUCAAGAGCUUACCGAGGUCGACAUCAGAGCGUAUGCGACAUUGAUACGCUUUGAUACCGUGUAUGUGCAGCAUUUCAAGUGCAACUUAGGCACGAUCAGGCAUGAUUAUCCCCAGUUGCAUAAUUACCUGAAGAACCUGUACUGGAAUGUCAAGGGUUUCAAGGAGACGACGGAUUUCAAGCACAUCAAGGAAAACUACACGAAGAGUCAUGCCGACAUCAAUCCAAAGGCAAUCACCCCUAUGGGACCAUAUCCGCACAUUGAACAGGGCUACGAGCCUGAUCUGAGUCGGGUCAGGGUGGGCCGUGUGUCAAUGCCUGAGGUGGUAGCAUGGGAGAACAGGUUGCUUGCAUAAAAUAAGAGCUUCCAGACCGACUCACAAGAGCCACUAACGGUUCGUCCCUUGUUUGGCGAUCGCGCAAGAAGCAGGAGAUGAGCGGUGAGAACGGAUUAGGUGGGCUCGAGAGUAGUCAUGAUCUUGGGUUGUCUAUCCCGCCCGCGAUAAGUCGCGAGGAGAAGGUUCAAGAUGAUUGCCAGGGUUGCCGCUCGCUUGCAAAAAAAAAAAGAGUGCAGUGAUCUGAACGGAGUCGCGCGUUUUGUGCUGAAACGGCGAUGCUUCGAUAAAGUCCUUGUUCGACAUCAAGUGUGCUAGGACGUAAGUAGAUGAAUAAUUCGAGGCUAUCCACUCCAAGUGGUCAAUCGA